GAAAAACAAGAAGCAAUUAAUUGAUUCUUGGAGAGAGCAAGUGUUCUACGAUAGCAUAAAAUAAGCGCCAAAGAAGUUACCAUGGAUUCUCUCACUUCUAAUCUACAUGAAGAGAAAAGACAGCAGCUUUGUGCAUUGCUGGGGAAUGUAAAACUGAGUCUUCUCUACAAAGCAUCUGUUCAUGGAUAUAAUGCUUCUGCCUUUCACCAGAGAUGUGACAGUCAGGGUCCCACCUUGCUUGUAGCCUACAACAGCUCAGGCUACAUCUUUGGAGGAUACACUAGUGUAGAUUAUGCUCAAACUGGUCAGCACAUUGCUGAUGAGGACAUAUUCUUAUUCAGCUUUCAAGGCAAGAUCCCUGUCUGCAUCAAACUUAACAGUGGACAUAAUGCACGUCUUGAUGACUCUGGAGUGCCCAACUUUGGUCAACAAUUGUACUUUUGCUAUAACAACCAGCCAGUUGUGUUAAAUCAAGGAAAUAAUGCAUUCACCAUUAUUACUCUCUCAAUGUAUGGAAACGAUGCUCAGCUCAGUGAAUGUGAGGUGUACAAAGUGAAGCAGGUCCCUGAUGUCAGAGCUGAGGAGAAGCCAUGGAGGAAUGUGCAGUGGACAACAGAACGCAGAGGAGAACUUAUGGAAUUCAUCAAGAACCAUGAACCACUGAUGACUUCUGUGAGUCGGAUUCGAAUCCUAAUGAUCGGUCCUGUAGGUGCCGGAAAGUCCAGUUUCUUCAACUCCAUUAACUCCAUCUUCAUGGGACACGUGACCAGCAAAGCCAUGGCAGGAUCAACAAACACUAGUCUGACCACACAGUUUCGCACAUAUCCAAUAAAAGAUGGUCGUGAAGGAAAGCCAUUGUCAUUUGUAUUAUGUGACACCAUGGGACUAGAAGAGCAGUCAGGUGCAGGAUUGGAUAUUGAAGACAUCAGCAGCAUUCUUCAAGGUCACAUAUCAGACCGUUAUAAAUUCAACCCUGUGGCACCAUUUCAAUCUGAGCAAAAGGCGUCCAAACCUGCAUCUCUACAGGACAAGAUCCACUGUGUGGUGUUUGUGAUAGACGCCACCAAAGUCUCCCUCAUGUCCAACAAACUGGAGGAAAAACUUUCUGCCAUACGUAAAAAAGUGAACUCGCUGGGCAUUACCCAGAUCGUCUUGAUGACAAAAGUAGAUGAGGCAUGUCCCCUUGUAGAGAAAGAUCUUCAAUGUCUUUAUAUCAGUUCCUACAUCAAGACAAAGGUGCAGGAGGUGAGCUCUCGGUUGGGUGUGCCGGUGUCUUGUGUGUUACCAGUGAAGAACUACAGCCAGGAGUUGGAGCUGAACCUCAACUGUGAUGUUCUGCUGCUCACUGCUUUACAGCAGAUGCUUCGCUUUGCUGAUGACUAUUUGGAUGAUGUCAGUCCCAUACAAGACAACCAUUUAUAAAGUUGUAUUUAAUAUUGACUAUUGGGGAUAAAGGUAGGAAAGCAUUCUUUUAGAUGAGCAAACUUUUGUAACUUUAAGCCAGUUGAUUGUGAUAUUCUGGCUACUUCAUAGUCAAACAUGAAUGUGCAUGCUUUAAGGCCAAAACAUACUCCACGCAAGUACGUAAACACAGAAGCAAGCACUUUGCCAGAACAUUGCCAACACGUGUUUUGGUUGAACAUGCUUAACCAUUAAAUGCAAGACUGUUUUGACAAGCAUUAUUACAUACUUCGGGUCUUUAUUUAAUGGUUUGAUGGUUACUUUCAAAUGUCUGUGCCAUUAAACUGGACGUGCAAAUUUUUAGGUUGCUAUAAACAGUGUUGGGUAAGUUACUCUAAAAAAGUAAUUAAUUUGCGUUCGGUAGGUUUUGGCCUUAAUGGACUAUUCAGGAGAAGUCCAUUCAGGAAAGAGGUUUUUGAAUCAAAGCAAAAACUGUGAAAAUGAUGUAAAAUGUAAUGACUGCUAAUAAACAUGAUUGA